AUGGGAGAAGCCAGGGAUAUGUUCAUCAAAGGUCUUCAAGUGCGGCAUCUUAUUGGUGCAACGCCUUGUCUGAUUGAUCUAUUGUGGUAUAGACUCCUUAAGGAGGAGAUCAUAGUCAGAAUUAAGACUUUAAAGCAAGCCAAUUCCUUUAUUUCUGAGGCUACCAUGCAAGUUAUUAUUCUGGGAGCCAAGAUAUAUGGCUUCUCUGUGCUAGCCCGCAUGGCUUUGCGACUAAAUUCUUGGCUAGCUGACAUUUCCUCUAAGUCCAAGCUUCUGGUGCUUCCUUACAAGGGUGAGAUCUUGUUUGGACCAGCAAAAACAAUUUCUGAUAUUACUGGUGGAGAAGGGUCUUUUCAUCCAAAAGACAAGAAGAAUAGUCCUAAGGACGUCAAAGGCCCUUUCUUUCCUUUUCAAGAUCCUUUUGAACCUAUGCAUUCUGUUGAUCUUAAACUUCUAUCCUGGAAGGUUCCGUUUUUGUUGGCCAUCGCCUCUGCUCGCAGAGUCUCUGAGAUAUCUGGUUUACAUGUUACACAGAUUGUGAUUUAUGUCCCUACAGGAUAUGUCCCUGAGAGACCUUUACUUGUUACACAGAUUGAGCACAGAGAGGAGCCGUACGUGAGCAGUUUUCCUAAUACCAGAGGUGAAUUCACAAACUGCAGUAAUCCUAGUCAUGGUCAGGCUGCAAAUGCUUCUUUCAGUCUUUUCAAAAAUCAAAGGAGUGUAGGAAAUGUAUGUUCUGAAUGUGGAAAAUGUUUCAUAGAAAAAUCAUUUCUUUUUGACCAUCUGAAAUCUCAUACAGGAAAAAAAGCAUUUUCAUGUUCUGACUGUGGGAAAUGUUUUUCUCGGAAAUCAAAUCUUAUUAAGCAUCACAAAAUUCACACAGGAGAAAAAGCAUUUUCAUGUUCUGUCUGUGGGAAAUGUUUUACUCUGAAAUCAAAUCUUAUUAAGCAUCACAAAAUUCACACCGGAGAAAAAGCAUUUUCAUGUUCUGUCUGUGGGAAGUGUUUUUAUCGGAAAUCAUAUCUUAUUGAUCAUCAGAAAAUUCAUACAGGAGAAAAAGCAUUUUCAUGUUCUGAAUGUGGCAAAUGUUUUACUCAGAAAUCAACUCUUAAUAAUCAUCUGAAAAUUCAUACAGCAGAGAAAGCAUUUUCAUGUUUGGAGUGUGGGAAAUGGUUUACUCAGGAAACAAAUCUUAUUAGGCACCAGAAAAUUCACACUGGAGAAAAAGCUUUUUUAUGUUCUGACUGUGGGAAAUGUUUUACUCAGAAAUCAAAUCUUAUUAAGCAUCUGGAAAUUCACACAAGAGGAAAAGCAUUUUCAUGUUCUGACUGUGGGAAAUGUUUUAUUUGGAAAUCAAAUCUUAUUAAGCAUCAGGAAAUUCACACAAGGGGAAAAGCAUUUUCAUGUUCUGAAUGUGGGAAAUGUUUUACUCAGAAGUCAGUUCUUAAUAGGCAUUACAAAAUUCACACAGGAGAAAAAGCUUUUUCAUGUUCUGACUGUGGGAAAUGUUUUACUCAGAAAUCAAAUCUUAUUAAUCAUCUGAAAACUCAUACAGGAGAUAAACAAUUUUCGUGUUCUGAUUGUGGGAAAUUUUUCACUCGUAAAUCAAAUCUUAUUAGUCAUCAGAAAAUUCACACAGGAGAAAAAGCAUUUUCAUGUUCUGACUGUGGUAAAUGUUUUAUUCGGAAAUCAGAACUUAUUAUGCAUCACAAAAUUCACACACGAAAAAAAGUGGUUUCAUGUUCUGACUGUGGGAAAUGUUUUACUUGGAAAUCAAAUCUUAUUAAGCAUCAAAAAAUUCACACAGAAGAAAAAGCACUUUCAUGUUCUGAAUGUGGGAAAUGUUUUCCUCGGAAAUCAAAUCUUAUUACUCAUCACAAAGUUCACACAGGAGAAAAAGUAUUUUCAUGUUCUUACUGUGGGAAUUGUUUUUCUCGGAAAUCAAAUCUUAUUAGGCAUCACAAAGUUCACACUGAAAAAAAAGCAUUUUCAUGUUCUGACUGUGGGAUAUUGUUUACUCAGAAAUCAAAUCUUAUUGAUCAUCAGAAAUUUCAUAUUAAAGGAAAUCAGAAUUUAACCUCUUAAGUAUAGAGACUCAUAGUCAUCAUCCGUACAAUGUAUAGAGUGCUGGUGAUGACUACAUGGGGUCCUCAGGUGGAGGAGCUUUUGGAGCUGUUUGAGAAUCCCUUUGCAUCUCAAGUGCAUACAAAGUGGCCCAGGGUGUUUGUCAUCCCCAGGGGAAUCUGGGGUCCCUAUAUAGGUUUGAAUAGUCAAGUGAUCACAGGCACAAAUAAAAUGUGCCUUUAUUUGAGUUUCAUGGGAGGGAGUCCAUAUGUGCAAAUUAAAGAUAUAUAAAUUUACCCAAAGGUGCUUAUUUAUAUGUUGAUAAAACCAUCUUUUAAAUUUAGUUUACUGUUGAAAUCAUUACAGUCAGAUGGUCACUGAGAUGACAGUGUUUCCCUAGCUGGAAUUUAAAUUGACCUAUUGUUUAGCUGUAAAGGGUGAGUGAGCCCCUGUGUUAACAUCAAAAGUGUGAGAGGCAACAAAAAGCCAAUAUCUGGAUUAGGAUAACCCUGUACCCUAAAAAUAACUAAAUAUGUGUAUAUAUAUAUAUAUAUAUAUAUAUAUAUAUUUGAUUUUUAAUUAUUAAUUUUUAUGGAGAAAACACUGAAUUAAUUUGUAUUUCUGCUUAUUUUAGAAAGAUCACCUAAUGCAAUUAUAUAUCCUCAAAAUUUUAGUACUAUACAGAUCAGAAAAAAACUUAUAUUGUUUUGAUUACAACUAUGUUUAUUAAAAUUUAAAUAAAGAUAUGCAUUUGUUCCAUC